CUCUGGUCAUCUCCUGUACUGUGUCCGCAGUCUCUGGUCAUCUCCUGUGCUGUCCACAGUCUCUGGUCAUCUCCUGUACUAUGUCCGCAGUCUCUGGUCCAUCUCCUGUACUAUGUCCGCAGUCUCUGAUCAUCUCCUGUACUGUGUCCACAGUCUCUGAUCAUCUCCUGUACUAUGUCCGCAGUCUCUGAUCAUCUCCUGUACUGUGUGUCCGCAGUCUGUGUCUCUGGUCAUCUCCUGUACUAUGUCCGCAGUCUCUGGUCAUCUCCUGUACUAUGUCCGCAGUCUCUGGUCAUCUCUUGUACUAUGUCUGCAGUGUCUGGUCAUCAUCUGUACUAUGUCUGCAGUCCAUUGGUUUAGAAUAUUUUUUUUCCUG